AUGAAUCAAAGCUUCGUAAAAUAAACUUUAGUUGGCAGGUUUUUUAAGGGAAAUCCUUUUUUUUUUACUUCUGAAAAAGUCAAAAAGCAUUUUCCGUUGUUUUUUCAAUUCUUUUUGUUUCUAUUUUCUAUUCUUUAAUUUUGAAACUCACCUUGAAUUAUUUCUAAAAAUCAAUUAUACGUUUUUGAUGUGUUAGCGGGAAAUGACGUAUACGUGAUGUGGUGACGGAGUCAAACAAACGCACGUGAGAUAUCUGUGUAUUAUUGUGGUUGCGAUAUUAUCAAAGUGCAAAAAUAACCAAAUUUCAAGUUGUCUAAAUUAUGGAGCAAGAUCAAGGCGAAGCGGUAACUAUUGUUACUGCUGAGGAUCAUACUUUUGAGCUUAGAGAAGAUGUUCUAAAUUCUGUUUUGAUGAAAAAUGAUAUCAAGGAUAAGAAAAUAGUUGUUGUGUCUGUUGCUGGUGCCUUCCGCAAAGGAAAAUCCUUUUUAUUGAACUUUAUGUUGAGAUAUCUAGAAUCACAGGGGUCUCCCGAUUGGCUUGGAGAUGAGAAACAGCCUUUAAAAGGUUUUUCUUGGCGAGGAGGCUCCGAGAGAGAUACAACUGGAAUACUCAUUUGGAACAAAGUUUUUCCUUUGACUUUGCCUUCUGGGGAAGAGAUUGCUGUGCUCCUGAUGGAUACCCAAGGAGCAUUUGAUAGCACAUCUACUGUGAAAGAAUGUGCUACUGUUUUUGCUUUGAGUACUAUGUUAAGUUCAAUUCAGGUUUAUAACUUAUCACAAAAUAUCCAAGAGGAUGAUCUGCAGCAUCUGGAGUUGUUUACUGAAUAUGGAAGAUUAGCUAUGGAGGGUAGUGAUGAUAAGCCUUUCCAGAAACUAAUGUUUUUGGUUCGAGAUUGGAGCUUCCCAUAUGAGGCAAAGUUUGGUAUUGAAGGAGGACAGUAUAUCCUAAACAGAAGAUUGGAAAUAUCUGAGAAGCAGCAUCCACAACUUCAGCAACUUCGUAAGCACAUUCGCUCUUGUUUCAAGGAAGUGGAAUGCUUUCUCAUGCCUCAUCCUGGCUUUGAGGUUGCCACCAGCCCCAACUUUGAUGGCCGUCUUUCAGAUAUUCGGGAUGAAUUCAAGCAAUAUCUGCAGGAUUUUGUGCAGCUUCUCUUGUCACCCUCAAAUGUAAUUCCAAAACAAAUUGGGGGACGUGAUAUUACUGCCAAAGAUCUCAUUAAUUACUUUAAGGUUUAUGUAGAGAUUUUCAAAGGUGGAGAACUACCUGAGCCAAAAUCAAUGUUAAAUGCCACUGCAGAAGCAAACAACUUAUCUGCUGCUGCUAAUUCAAAGGAGUAUUAUAAUACAGAAAUGGAAAAGGUUUGUGGUGGUGAUCGCCCCUAUAUAAAUCGGGAUGCACUACAUAGAAUGCAUUUUGAAAUUCGCCAAAAUGCCUUAUUGAAGUUUUCAGAAACAAAGAAAAUGGGGAACGAAGAACUUGAACACACAUAUAAAGAAAAGUUAGUGAAGGAAAUUGACGAAAUGUAUGAAAGUUUUGUCAAAUUUAAUGAUGGCAAGCAGAUAGCACAUGCAAUCCGAACACCUGCUACUUUAUUGUUUGUUAUUUUCAUCUGUUACAUCAAUUCUACUCUUUUGCAAGUGAUUGGAUUGGAAGCUUUUGCAGUGUUCAUUAAUUUGUUCAUGGUUAUGGCUGUGGUUGCUCUUGCUUUAUGGGGAUAUUCAAGGUAUACUGGAGAAGCUCAACAUAUAGGGCUAUUCAUUGAUAACUUGGUAAACGUAGCCUUGAAUAAUUUUAUUUUCCCAAGUCAAAAGCAAAUAGCGCAGGCUCUUCUGCGUAGUGCUGAAAACGCCACCUCAAAUGCCACUGUGCCAGAAACUCUCCGAUCACCUGGCGAAUUACACAAAUCAAGUCUUCAUAGAAGAGCAAAAUGACCAUAAUAAAGCUUAAUUGUUACUGUUAUGAAUCUUGUUAUAUUUGAGCUCAUCUAUAUUCUAUGUACCUGGAUUGAAUACAAAACUUCUCUGAAGGAAUGUUCUGUAAUUAUGCCCCACAUUGUAUAGCUGCUGAGCAGUUUGUACUAUGUCCCCAUAAUUUUCCCAUUAGAACUUUUAAUUGCCAUGUUUAACAUAUCUUGUUUGUUUGUAAUUGAAUAAUUUUGUGUAAUAAAGAUUUUCAGUCUAUUUCAAAUAUUUGAAUGUGUGGGAAAAUUAGUGCGUGAGAAUAUGAAAUUAUUUCCUAAAAGGAUUUUUAUUUAUCUUUUUUCAGAUAUAAGUAUUUUUGUAAUACAUAGUAAUCUCUUUUGUAAAAGAAUUACUGAUGAAAUAUUCCAAAUUUUGCAUUUAAAAUUUGUUCUUACAAAGGCAGCUACUUUUAAGUUAUAUUUUAAGUUGUGAAUAAACCAAUUCUUUUUAAUAACUUUGCUAUAAUUUUCAGAAAUUUUUUUAAUUCAGUGGUGGAUUUUCAAAUGAUUUUAAUUCUGUUAAUUGAUAAAUAACUCUUGGAAAUGAAAGUACCUACUUCUUUUAAUUUGCACAUUUUAAGUGUUUACCCCCCCCCCCUUUUUCAUACAAUAGUGAUAAAGGCAGUGUACUUAUCUAAUAUAUAUUUGCUUUUUGUGUAAUAUUUGCUUUUAAACAGUUUCUUCCAGAGUAUAAUUAUGUAUUACUGAAAGUGUUUAACUAUUGAUCUCAUUCUAAAACAUGCAAUUUACAUGUGGUCACAUUUGCUACAACUUGCAAUAAGUAUUUGUUAUUGUGUUUCUCUUCUCUUGUAAAAUGACAUAUCUAUUUCUAAUUUUCUUUUUCUUUAAUUUUGGAUAUCUGAUAAUAUAUAUGAUUUGGAAUAUGCAAUACUGAUAGAAUAUUAAGCUCUUAGGCUCAAUUCACUUUGCCUUUGUUCAGUUUUUUAAAGUUUUAUAAUAGAUGAUGUAAGCAUGUUAGUUUGUGAAUAUUUUUGAUAUUUCUUUUUUCUGAUAAAAAAUAUUUUUACAAAUAUUAAAUGUGUCUUGUAAGAAAUAAUACAAUCUAUGUCUGUACUACUUUACUAGUUACAUUACUAGCUUUCUCUAAUAUUAACAUGCAGCAAAUAAAUUAUCUGGUGUGUUAUUUGCAGAAAUGCAGAUUAUUACCACAAAAUAAGUUUGUUGUAACAGUUAUUUAGAAUUUUGAUGAAUACUAGGCUAGGUAAAAAAAUAAUUAAAAUCAAUUGGAUAAAAAUUCAGAGGGUGCAUAUAUGUAUAUAUAUAUAUAUGUCAGAAGAUGCAUAUAUAUAUAUAUAUAUAUAUAUAUAUAUAUAUUAUAUCCUUUGAUUGAUUUUGGUAGUUGCUAUCAACUUCUUUUUAAUCAAUUAGUUUUGUGUAAUAUUUGCUAAUUCAAAACUUCGAUUAUAUGUUAUUGUUGUCAUUAUUGAAAAUUAACAUGAUCUUGCUAUUUGAAGAAAGAAAUUCUUCCACACUUGAAAAUUUAAAAAAACAAAAAAAAAAAAAAAACAACUAUUGUAUUAAAAGAGGGAAACAAACUGAAAAUAUAUUGUGAUAAUAAUCUGCAAAGAGUGUUUUAAAUUUAUGUAUUUUUCUUGGUGGUUUGGAUAUCAGUUGUAUUAUAAGAGAUUUGUGCUUGAUGUCAUGCACCUUUCAUUAAGUUGUUUUUGGAAACUCGCUUACUGCCAAUUUGUGUAAAAUAUUUUUUUAGUAUUAAAAUAGUGAAUUUCAGUUUUAAAUAAUAGUAUUUCUAAUUUUGAUAAUUCCUCUUGUAUUAUAUUGCCACUCAUACUGUUUUAUUUUUGUAUUAUGUAAUGAUAUUGAUCUGAAUUUUGACAAGUGCCAUAAAGAUUAAAUAUAUUUAAAGUGUUAGCAGUUAGAUUUGUUAGUGAUUUAUUUGCUUAGAAGAGUUAAUUUUUGUUUGUUUGUUUAGGAAUAUGUUUGAUCUUGAUUAUUGCAAUGAGAAUCUCUUUUCAUGAUUGCUCAAGAAUACUUUGAAGUUUUAUUGUUAAGUUAUAUUACCUUCUUUGUUCCCUUUCCAGUUGAGCCAUUUUGCAUUUCUCUUAAUGUUAUAUUUAAUAAUUGUUGUAGCAUUAAAGUUUAAAAUGUCCUUUCUAGUCUUUAAAUUAAAUUUUUAGUUGUUAUCAUUCCAGAUGUGAAAUUAUUUUUUCAGAAAAUGUGAUGUUUUGAGCCAUGUGUAUUAUUUUUUAUAGUAGAAACAAAAUAAAAUUAAUUUAAAAAAUAUUUGAUUUUUCAGCUAAAAUUUAAUGAUAAGCUUAUUGACUAUUCAGUGAUUCCAAAUAUAUUAAUUAUAAAACAUUUUAAUGAAUUUUUAAUAUAAAAACUAGGAUAAAUUUUUAAAUAAUUUGUUUUGAUUGUAAUUCUUUUUCAGCAACGCAACAUUUCAAGAUUAUUGUACUUCAUUAGCAAUAUCUUAAAUGAGUCAUUUUUUUAAAUUUGUAAGCUCAAUUUCCAUUUUUAUAAAUUUGUUCAUGAUACAUUGUAGAUGUAACAUUUAACAAUUUUAAGUUAAAAUAUAAAUUGAUAAUAUUUUGAUGGUGAUAUAUACGUUUUUAAUUGGGGUUAUAACUGUUGUAAUAUUGUAAUUUUUUACAUGCAAUGGAAACAGAAAAAAUACUUAGUGUUUUGAAUAUUUAAAAAAAGUAAGGACUUAAUUUUUUCUGUGUAAAAUAAAUUUGUUUAAAUUUUAUCAAAAGGGGGAAAGAAAGAAAUUAUGCCAUGUUUUCAAUAAAUAUUUCAGUAGUGUUAUAUUGAAUUUCCUGUUUCAUCUUUAUUAUUAAUUUCUCAGUUCUCAUUUUCUGUAAUAAAGAAAAAUGAAUUAUUUUUGAGCAAUCAAUUUUCAUUGCACAUUUGUAUCUAAGAGUUUAGGUUUAGAAGAGUAUAAUUAUUUCUAUUGUACUUUUAUUAUUUAUAUUGCACAGUAAUGAAGUAUCUAAAACCAUUGAUCAUUUUGUUUCCUUGAAAAAUUCUUUUGGUACAAAAAUAACUUUAUGGAUUCUUUCAAUAUUUGUUUCAAAUAAUCUUUAAAUUAAAUUUUCAGUAUUAUAUUAUGUUCAAAACUGGAUCAAUAAUUUUUUAAGCUAUAAAAUGUGGUCAUUUUCGUCCUAGUAUAUUAAUGCUUGACUGAUUCAGUCUUAGCAUGCUAUAUCGAGUGUAUGCAAUGAAACUCCCCCUGUAGCUUGCUCCUCCUGAACUGGGAGCUCUCCAGUUUGCCAAAUCUUUGUUAAGAUCAUUUCAAAGUUUACUGCAGUGAGAUUUCUUUUAAUUUGCCUUUUUAAAUGUUUCACACUUGUACAAAAAUCCGCACCAUGUAAAUGAGAAUCUCCUGUCGAUGUGUGUUAAAGCACUUGAGUGCAAUUAUUUUCUUAAUGUAACAAUAAUGUUGGAUAACUGGUUAAUAUUUUUAUGAUGAUACUAAUUUGAAAUAAAUACUUUUUAACAUAA